GCAUUAUCUGCUUCAUCCAUCACCAGCAGCGAGCCAUCGGCACUAGCUGCAAAGAUGGCGGCCGGUUCUGGGGCUGCGAGCGGCCACGGAGCCCGCGGCUCUCACGCGGCUCUGGAAGCGUCUCUGGACCGCAAGUUUCAAGGAGUAUCCAACACCAUGGAGGCGAUACAGGGACUUUCCACCUGGUGCAUUGAAAACAAGAAGAACCACGGCCUCAUCGUUCGCCACUGGAUGAAGUGGCUCAAGAAAUCUGAUAACAAUCAUCGCUUGAAUCUCUUCUUCCUUGCCAAUGAUGUGAUACAAAACUGCAAAAGAAAGAAUGCCAUUGUCUUUCGUUCAGCCUUCGCAGAAGUCCUCCCUAAUGCUGUUCUCCUUAUUAGAGAUGGAAAGGUACGAAAGUCAGUGGAGAGGAUCCUAACAAUUUGGGAGCAGAGGACUGUGUAUCCUGAGGAGCUCAUCACCCAGCUUAAAAUCAACCUGACCAAAAGGGAAAAGGAUCGAGAGAAGCAGAAGCAGAAAGAAAAGGAGAAAGAAAGGGAGAGGGAGAAAGAAAAGGAAAAGGAGAAAGAGAAAGAAAAAGAGGCUCCACCUGCAAAUGCCCCGGCUGUCAACAAAGCUGCUCUCAAGUCCAAGAUUGUAGCAGAGUUCACGCCUCACUCCUUUGUUGAACAAUUGUCGAGAUAUAAGAGAGCAGUGGCAGAAGAGGAGCUCAGGGAGAAGCAGCUGGCAGCUCUCAGGCUGGAUGUCUGCAGCACAGAGGCCCUCAAGAGACUUAAAGACAAGGCAGGAGGGAACAAGUUUGCGAAGGACGUUGAGGACGGCAGUUUAAAGCUGCAGGAGUUUGUCAGCUUCCUGGAUAAAGAUUUGAAAACAGGGCCUCCUCUGCUGGAAGCUUUGGGAAAUGCAGACAUUUUCUACGAGAUGCAGUACAAGGAGGUUAAGAUUGUGGCCAAUGCAUACAAUGCCUUUGCCAACCGUGUGGCCAGUCUUAAAAGGAAAUUGGAUUCCCUCAAGUCGACUCUUCCUGGACCUGAUGACUCCCCCAUCCCCUCUCCCUCUGAAGAUGCUCCCUCCCCGACUGGCUCCGACUCACCUUUCCUGGGACCGGUGGCUACCAGAGCCCAGGUGGAUCCAGAGCUGGAUGGCAAAGCCAUGGAUGAAGGAGAAAUACAAAUUGACAAUAGAGACAUGGAGGACAUGGAUAUGUCUGAUGAAGAAGCCGAUGCUGCCACAGCAGAUGAGAAGAAAGAAAAGGCGUCUGCUGCUGUUUCCAAGGCUGCAAAGUCCGAUUUGGCCCCAAAGCUUCCAACUACACCUACAAAAGCUGCUAAGAUGAAUGCUAACGCUGCUGCUGUUACAGCAACUCCAGUGACUUCCACCUCGGCCUCUGCUCAGAGUGCCCCCACCAGCCCACUGGGAGUCAACCUGGCGAAGGUCGACUUAGGAAAGAUCAGCUCGAUUCUCAGCUCCCUCACAUCUGCCAUGAAGAAUACAGCAGCUAGUCCGUCACCUCGACCGUCUCCCGGAACUCCCACCACCCCCUCUGCCCAAUCAGCAGCCUCCAAAGUGACCCCUCCAAGCCCUGCCCUGGCCAGCAUCCUGUCACGUGUUGACAUCACACCUGAGGGCAUACUCAAUGCUCUGUCUAAAACAAACACACCAGGUUUGUCCUCUCUCCUGCAAAGUGUUACAAACACUGCCUCAGCUCCUCCUACCAGAACCUCCCCUGAGUCUUCAACAGUUAAAACCGCACUCACCCCAACAACCCCAAAACCAAAACCCAGUCUGGGGAACACCCUCAAACGAGACAUAUCUGGAAGAACUAGAGACUGGGAAAAAGAGAGACAGCUGUCCCCUUCUCCACCUCCUCGUCCCACAGCUCCUUCUGUCUCUCCCCCCAGCCUAGAAUCAAAAAUCAACAGUUUCUUGCAGGGAAAUCCAGGUUUUAGUCUUGCUCUAGGUGAUGCCAGUCCCGAUGGGGUGGACGGGACCCCAGUGAGAGAUGAGGCGGCUGGAACCCCGACCCAGGAUGAGAUCAUGGACACGCCUGGGAGUGUGCCAGAAUCUCUAGGGUCUUCUGGAGGUCAUAACCUCUCACCCACAGCCUACCGCAAGGAACCCUGGGAUGCUGUGAUCACCCCGUCAGGAAGCAACAGCGAUGGAGAGUUCCUGAGCUCCUCUUCUUCCCGAUAUGGAGCUGGGAAAAAGAUUAGCACAAAAUUAAAGGAGGAUGAAGUGAUGAAUGUAAGGAGGCAGGUCUCGUCCUCCCCCAGUAAUGACAUGAAGAGUAAGAAAGAUGGACAACACAACCAGUUUAGGAUGAUGGGCAUCAAUAGAGCGGGAGAGAGGAGACUCUCUGCAGGCUCUCGUAAGACGAGCACUGGCUCAGAUGACGGAAAUCUGAUUGGAAAAAGAGAAGACAAUGGGAAAGAGUCUGCAGGCAGGGAUAGGAAAGAGGGUCAGUACCAUCGUAUUGAGACACUAGUGUCACCCUGCACUGAAGGGGCACCUAUCCAAACUCUGGGCUACUCUAAUCGCCCUCUCGCUGGAGAGCGCAUCAAGACGGUAGAGAGCAUCCGCGUGAUUGGCAGAGGCUCUAGGCGAGGAGGAGGGGCUGGCGGUCGGCCAGGGGGAGCGAUGUGGUAUGAAGAGGAGGAAUACAUGGAAGCUCAGCCUCCCUCACCCCACACUGGCCCACCUCCUCUUAACAUUGGCCAGGGAGGCGCAGAGGACAUGAACCCCUCCAUGCCGCCUCCUCCUCCUCACCCACAACUCCUCCUCCCUCAUCUCCAUCUGCCUCCGGGCCACCCUCACCCACACCCUCCUCCCCAAGCUCAGUUCCAAAUGCCCUACCACACGGACCCUCCACCAUCACACCUCCACCAGCAUCCUCCUCCAUCCUCUUUCUUCAGCAGUCCUCCACCGAUUCCCCGACCCCCUCCACCCCCUUUACCACAGCACUCCACCGUGCCCUCUGCAGUCAUGGUGGGAGGAGUGUUGGUCCCCGUUGACCGUCCCCUAUCUCUUCCUCCCCAAAUCAGACCUGAAGGUGCUGAGCGAGGCGGAAUGGGGACCAGAGGAAACAAAGGUGGUCCUCCACCCCUCAUGACAUCAUUGCUAGGUGAGCCCCCUAAAAUGCCCCGUCCUGGCACAGUUAAAGAGCCUUUUUUCCCACGCCAUGCACCCCCUCUUCACCGCCCAGGUACCCCUGGUGUCCCUCCACCUUUACUGGGCAGAGUGAAGGAGCCUCUCAAUCUACCUCUUCCACCCCGCUCUCCCUCCUCCACAUCCUCCACAACAUCUCCCUCCACACCUAAUUCCCCUGCAGUCGACUCCGCCCCUGGUCGUCUCCCUUCUCAGUCUGCUGCCCCCCCUCUCCAGAAACCCCCUACUAGUCCUCCACCUCAUCCCCGCAACCAAACCUCAAACCCAGUCCCCCUCCUUAACUUGCCCACUUCUCGGCCCCCAAACCUUUCAGGUCCCAUCUCACAGAGACCUCUGCUGCGAGGCCGUACACCCUCUCACCACCAUAACCAAGAUCACCACAUGGGGGGAUUUCGUGGGGGCAAGCGGCACGGUCCUCCAUUCACAGGUGGUCCUUUCCAUCAUGGGCAGAAGAGACCCUUCCUACCCCCACGCUACUGAAGUGGUCAUCUAUAACAAGCUGAAUGAAGUGCAAGCCACACAUCUAGCAGUGCAGUGUGUGUGUUAGCCCCACUGGUAUGAGCCCAGAUAUCUUUACUCUGUUAAUUAGCUUAAAACUACCUUGAUUCAUGUGUAAAUAACUGAUUACAUUUUCAUGCUUCAGCUCUGUAGGCAGCCUCUUUAAAUUGUACAGCUAAGAGUUCAAGCUACAUCGUGCAGAGUGUUGUGUAUCAACCCUCAACCUGUCCCUUCUUACCAUUUCUCCAUACACAAUAGAGACUAGUUUCAUUAGGUCCAAGAGUGACAUAACAAUAGGAAUGAAAAAGAUAGUUGAAGCAGAAAUGAAACUAUACUUAGAAAUGUUCUACCUGUGUGAUUUCUGAGUUACACCACCUGAGAGAGUGAAACAGAAAAGGAAUGGGUGUCGUGGGAUACAGAGGAAACAUGAAGCAAUAGUUUGAUUAAAUGAGCCUAUUUGUUUUCUUUUUGAGGGUUGGAUGAGAAGAUCAGAUCAAUCUGUUCGCUAAACAUGAAGCUACAACCCAUUUAGCUUAGCAUAAAGACUGGAAAAGGGGCAAUAUGUCACCUGGCAUAUGUCCAACUGUAAAAAGUAUAUCGAGUUAUGAACACCUCUAAAGCUAAUUUCUCUUAUUUUUUAUAUUUGAUCAUCAACAUUGUUCCUGAAGCAUAAAAGCUGUUUUAUUUUCCAGUCUUUAUGCUACGCUAAGCUAAUAUCUUUUAUCACCAGCUUCAUAUUUGUCCCCUAAAAAAACUAAUUACAUUUUCAAAAAUGUCAAACUAUUGCUUUUAAAAUGUUUAAUGGAAACGAUGAAAGUUGGUUUGAAAGUUAUCUUCUCUUCUGUGGGUGUGAGUGCGUGUAUUUGUCUGAAAAAAAAAGGUAUUUCUCAUUUGAAGUAAUGAGAUUUGUGUUGCAGCCGAGGUUAACACUUGUUCAUAUUUCCAGAGAACCUGCUGUAAAUAAUAUUCUUCUCCUGCUCAAACCUUUUUCACCUUUCUAUUUCUCCCACUGUAUAUUUCUAAGCUUGUAAAUAUAAAAAAAGAAACUGAGAUGAUGCAGCUUUUUCUCUUCAAGCUCUUGUUUCUGGUUAGAGGCAAAUGAUCACCUCUCAAGCACCGUUCGUCUUUACUGUGAUUGAGGCCUUGGAUAAGCUUUUAGCCCCGGACGAAUUUCUCUGCAGUUAUCUGUUGCGCCUUUCUGUCCUCCUUUUUGAAAACCACCAUGCAGAAGAGGAGGGUGAAGAUAAUUCUGUUUUUUAUUUCUAACAUUAAUAUCUGCCUGUGCGCGCUUCAAGUUAGACCCCAGUCGUCAAGAUACCACGUAGAGGAUGGCGGGUGGGGGAGGCUUUUCAGGUUGGACCACAUUCUUGCUCGGCUUCAACAUGUACUGACUUGAAUAAAAUCCAGAGUUUCAAUUCAACUGGGGGGGAGGUAUUUUAUUUGGUCACUAUUAGUCACUUGAAUUGCGCUGUUGUAGUUUAAUUGCGCUGUUGGGCUGUGUUUUCUGCCUGUUCACCAAGAAGCUGAUUUCAUUUACCUACACAGCUGCUGCCAUUUCCAUUUUUUUUUUGUUGCGCUUUUUGUGUUGUUUUUUAACUACAAAGAUCUGGUCAUUUCUAGCAGCAGCACCCACAUGUGUUAUCAGAAAGACAUUAGAGCCAGUUAGGAUUGUUUUGUAAAUGGUUUCUUUAAAUGUUCCAGUUUUGGCCCCUUCUCUUUUAUUUCUUUGCUACUUUGAUGCUUUCGCCCCCAAGUCCCCUUGUGCUCACAUGGCUUCAUCCAAAAACACUCAAACAAGGGUCAGCACGAUGUCAGCAGCUUUCUUAUACAGGAGCUGUUGAUGUGAUGCUGCACGCUGCCCUGCGCUGAUGUGGUGUAUCUACACAGUGAGAGGUGCAGGCUGAGUGUUUCUGUCAAAGCCUCAUAUCUCCUGAGUUUGUCUGAUCAUGGAGUGUGUGUUGUCUCCUGUGCUCAUUCACAAGUUGACUUGAAAGUACAGUUUCAUCGACGCACGCUGGGCAUCUGCAGAUGCUCCCAUGUAAAGCUGGUAAACAGAUACGUCAUAGAAAUUUAACAACAAAGAUCUUAUUUGUCACAAUAAUUGUCGGCACAUCCUCCGAGAUCUUUUACUGAAUGUUAUACAAAGUCUGUUACAACUCUCUGUAAACUGUUACCUGUCUUCUCUGCAGUCACAAUCCAACCGCUAAUUAUCAACCCACACACUGUGUUCACAGAAAAAUAGACAAACUGUUAAACAUCUUUAUGCUCACUAAGCACCUUCUGAAGACUUUUAUUGCUCUUGUAAAUAACCUCUUUUCAUUUCCCCCUCAAGAAAAGUUUGUUUGAAAAUGACUGACGAUGUGUGUCUGUGUAUAUUGAGAAGUUGCUUUUACUGCUGUUCUCAUCAACGAUGCUAUAUCACUGGU